CGCUAUCUUGGCCUGGCCGACCUUCGCCCCCGCGCCGCCCGGGCCAGGGCGAGCCAAUGACUGUCGCGAUCUGGUGCAUGUGACAGGGGGCGGGCCCGGGCCCUUCGCUGGAAGGGUGAGGUGAGGCCCUUCGCCGGAAGGGUGAGGUGAGGCGAGCGGCCGGUCGCGCGGUUUGUACAUAUGGACCAGAAACUUUCAGAGUUGGUGGAAGAGCUCACGACUUCAGGAGAGCCCCAAGUGAACACCAAGAAAAUGAAGGAGCUGAAGAAAAUUUGCAAGUCUUCAGAGGAGCAGCUUGGUCACACCUACCACCUGCUGAUGGCCCAGCUGAGCCAGGAGCACGCCGAGGUCCGCCUCUCCGCUUUCCAGGUCCUGGACCAGCUCUUCGCCAGGUCUCAUCACUUCAGGAUGCUAGUCGUUUCCAACUUCCAGGAGUUCCUGGAGCUCACACUGGGCACCGACCACGAGCGGCCCCUGCCGCCCCCCAGGGAGGUGGCACAGAAGCUGAGGCGGGCCGCCACCCGGGCCAUCCGUGGCUGGAACGAGAAGUAUGGUACAGCCUAUAAGAAGCUGGCCUUGGGCUUCCACUUCUUAACGCACAGCAAACAGGUAGAUUUCCAAGAUGUGGACGCUAGGACUCUGGCGGAGAGAAAGCGAGCAGAGGAGAAACAGAAGCGCUUGGACAGAAUCUACAAGGAGAGGUCUGAGCAGGCCGUGCGGGAGAUGGAAGAAAUGUCCGGGGAGAUCCAGAGCUGCCUCAUGGAGCUGGAGAGCUGCUUCCGACUGCUGGUGCCCUUUGACCUUGACCCGACCCCGGGGGCUGCCUCGCCCGCCAUGGCCGAGGAGGGUGGCAGGGACGAGGAGCAGCCCUGCUGCAGCAAGACCCUGGCCAUCUGCGCCCGCCGCCCGGGAGCCGCAGGUGCGGAGGGGCCGCCCUCGGAGGACAAGGACGAGGACAGCGACCCGGAAGGGUUUGUGCGGCACCACGGGCUGGGCUCCCGCGAGUACACGCUCGAGGUGGAGCUCUCCUCAGACAGCCUGAAGGUGCACGAGGAUGAGGACAACCUGGUCAUCAUUCACGUGGCCCAGGACACGCUCAGGCUCAUCCAGAACAGGUUCCUGCCAGCCGUGUGCUCCUGGGUCCAGCUGUUCACCCGCGCAGGGACACAUGGCGGGCACUUGGAGGGUGCCAUCGACCUGAAGGCCGAGCUGGAAACUGCCCUGAGGCGAUCUCGGGAGCUGGAUGUCAUGCCCGAGGAGGGCUGCAGGAGAGAGGCGGCAGCCCCGGGGGACAGGGACGAGGACGAGGACGACGAGGACUUUGUGGAGGUCCCGGAGAAGGAGGGCUAUGAGGCCUGCAUCCCUGAGCGCCUGCAGCCUGAGUGUGAGCUGAAGAAAGACCCAGCCACACUGGCCUCGCAGGCGAGGAAGAGAACGGGGAGCAGCGAGGAGGCCUGUGACCCCACCUCUGCGGCCGCCCAGCUGCAUUGGCUCCAGCGCCACUUGCCCCCGGCCUUGCCCCCGAGCCCCAGGGUGCCGCUGGGUCCAGAGGAGGCCGAGAAGCUGGCGGCAGAGCGGGCCCGGGCGCCUGUCGUGCCCUUCGGGGUGGACUUGUGCUACUGGGGCCGAGAGGAGCCGACGGCCGGGAAGAUCCUCAAGUCCGACUCUGAGCACCGCUUUUGGAAGCCCCGCGAGGUGGACGCGGAAGUAGAGAGCGCCACUGUCUCUGAGUCUCUCCGGAGCCGCCAAAUCACCUUUGCGGGGCGAUUCGAGCCCGUGCAGCACCGGUGCCGUGCCCCCCGGCCCGACGGCCGGCUCUGCGAGCGCCAAGACCGCCUGAAGUGCCCUUUCCAUGGGAAGAUCAUCCCAAGAGAUGACACGGGACGGCCCCUCCAUCCGGAGGACAGGGCCCGCGAACAGAAGCAGCGGCUGCAGAGGCCGGCGGGGCGCCGAGCCUGGCAGGACCCUGAGCUCAUGAGGGACGUGGAGGCAGCCACUGGGGUGGAUCUCGGCUCGUCCAGGCCCGGUGGGAAGGGCAGGCGGCGGCGGUCCGGCCUCACCGACCUCAAGCGGCAGGCGGACACAGCGCGUGCACGCAUCGCCAAGAAGGUCUUCGCCAAGGCCGCUGUGCAGAGGGUGGUCACAGCCAUGAACCAGAUGGACCGGAAGAAGCAUGAGAAGUUUGCAAACCAGUUUAACUACGCGCUGCAUUAGAGCGCCAGGCCGGGUCCACUCUGGCCGUCAGCUCCUCUUCUGCUGCUGCUGAGCUAGGACGGGAAGGCAGGCCCGGGUCUGGGCUGUAACGACAGCCACGAUCAUAGUGUGUGUUUAACGUGAAGCAGUGGUGCACUUUCUGCUUCAAGUGCCCCAGAGGUGUGGACUCUCCCCCCCUCCUGUGGACUCUCCCCACGGCCAUCGCUUACGGGUCUGACUGCCUAGUAGCCCGGGGUGAACUCGGGCAGCCGUGUCCACACGUGGGUGUCUUGUACAGCCUGUGCCCUUUGUGGUGUGGCUCAGGGUCGCUCAACAUCCAGGGCGAGUGCGCAGCCUCCAGCCCUGCCCCCCAGCCUUCUCCUGCUCGGAGGAAAACCCACAUUUCACGUUGACACGAAGGGGAGCCAGCUGUUUGCUCUCGGCAUUUCCAGCUCACAGGCAUGCUGGUGGUGGUUCCACGUCAGAAUGCAGGGAACUAUCUCACUCUUUGUUUUUCUAAAAUCAACUUUAUUGAGACGUAACUCACGUACCGUAACGUUCAUGCCUUUAAAGUGUACAGUUCGGUGAUGUUAAAUACACUCACAGUGUUGUACAGUCUCCACCACUGUCUAGUUCCAGAACUUUUCAUCACUCUAAAAGAAACCCUGCUCCCAGCCCCGGCCCCCCCUGGCCUCCUGUAUCUGGAUUUGCCUUUGCUGGACGUUUCCUGUGAAUGGAGUCAUAGCAGCCUGUGGCCCUUUGUGUCUGGCUGCCUUCACUUAGCACAGCGUUUUCAAGGUUCUUCCCUGCUGGGGCCUCUGUCCGUGCUUCAUGCCUUUUUAUGACGGGAUAACUCACCACUGUGUGAACAUACUGCACUUUGUUCGUCCGUUCAUUGUGGGCAUUUGGGUUGUCUGCACUUCGGGGUUAUCAUGGAUGAUGUUGCUAUGACCAUUUGUGUACAGGUUUUUGCGUGGGCAUAUAUUUUCAUUCCUUUUGGGUUUAUACCUAGAAGUGGAAUGGCUGGGUCACGUGGUAACUCUGUUUAACUUAUUGAUUGAAUUGCCAAAACAUUUUCCAAAGCAGCUGCACCGUUUUCUAUCCCCACCAGCAGUGUAUUAGGGUUCUCGUUUCUCCAUGUUCUUGCCAACAUUUGCUUUUAUCAGUCUUUUUAAUUUUAGCCAUCUUAGUGGGUAUGGAGUGGUGUAUCAUUGUGGUUUUGAUUUGACUAAUGAUAUUGAACAUCUUUUCAUGUGCUUAUUGGCCAUUUGUGUAUUUUCUUUGGUGAAACAUCUAGAUCCUUUGCCCAUUUUAAAUUGAGUUGUUGUUUUGAGUUGUAAGAGUUCUUUAUAUAUUCUGGAUACUAGAUCCUUAUAUGAUUUGCAAAUAUUUUCUCCCAUUCUGUGUUUUCACUUUCUUGAUCGUAUUCUUUGAAACACAAAAAUUAUGAAUUUUGAUGAUACCCAAUAUAUCUAUUUUUCCUUUUGUCACUUGUGAUUUUGGUGUCAUAUCCAAGCAGCUGUUGCUUACUCCCAGGUCAUGAAUAUAUACUCUUAUGUUUUCUUCUAAGAGUUUUAAGAUGUAGCUGUUCAUUUUAGGUCUUUGGUCCAUUUUGAGUUAAUUUUUUUUUUUAAUUUUAUUUAUUUAUCUUUUAUUUAUUUUUGGCUGUGUUGGAUCUUUGUUGCUGCACACGGGCUUUCUCUAGUUGUGGCGAGCGGGGGCUAUUCUUCAUUGCAGUGCGCGGGCUUUUCAUUGCAGUGGCUUCUCUUGUUGCGGAGCACAGGCUCUAGGCGCGCAGGCUUCAGUAAUUGUGGCUCGCAGGCUCUAGAGCGUAGGCUCGGUAGUUGUGGCUCGUGGGCUCUAGAGCGCAGGCUCGGUAGCUGUGGCACACGGGCUUAGUUGCUCCGUGGCACGUGGGAUCUUCCCGGACCAGGGCUCGAACCUGUGUCCCCUGCAUUGGCAGGUGGAUUCUUAACCACUGCGCCACCAGGGGAGCCCCAUUUUGAGUUAAUUUUUGUCUGUGCUUCAUUCAUGUGGAUAUUCAGUUGUCUCAGCAUCAUUUGUCGAAAAGAUUAUUCUUUCUUCCAUUGAAUUGUCUGCACUUUUCUUGAUCAUCAAUGGACAAUAAAUGUGUGAAUUUAUUUCUGGACUCUCACUUCUAUUCCCUUGACCUAUAUAUCCUAUGCUACUGCUACAAUGUCUUGAUUAAUGUAGCUUUG